CUGGCGCACCACGUGCAGCCGAUUGUCUGUGACACCGGCGGUCAAUGCGCAUGCGUUACCGCGUCUCACGCUUGCUCCGCCAUGGCUCAGGUGCAGGUACGGUUCCACACUGCUGACAAGAGAUAUGAAGUAGAUGACAUACCAUUUUCUGUGCCAGCUGCAUCUGAAGUUCCUGACCUCAGUAAAAUCAUCAAUAAGCUACUAGAAGCUAAACAUGUUAAUCACAAGCAUGCAGACUUUGAUUUCCUCAUCAAAGGCCAGUUCCUACGGGUGCCAUUGGGUAAACACAUGGAAUUGGAGAACAUUUCAACAGAAGAGGUGGUUGAGAUUGAAUAUGUAGAACGAUACAGUGCUCCUCAGCCAGAAGAGUGUUUCUUCCAUGAUGACUGGGUCAGUGCCGUGGAGGCACAAGUUGAUUGGAUUCUCACAGGUUCAUAUGAUAAAACUGCUCGUAUCUGGACAUUGGAUGGUCGACCACUUGUGGCUCUUUCCGGACAUACUGAAGUAGUCAAAGAUGUGGCAUGGAUAAAGAAAAGUGGCCCCAGCAGUUUGCUGCUCACUGCAUCGCAGGACCAGAGUGUUAUUUUAUGGGAAUGGAACUGUGAAAAGAACAAAGUAAAAGCAUUGCACUCUUGUCGAGGACAUGCUGCUAGUGUGGAAUCGAUUGCUGUGGACAACUCCAAAACUAAAUUUUGCAGUGGCUCUUGGGACAAGAUGGUGAAGAUUUGGUCAACAGUUCCCAAUGAAGAUGAAGAAAUGGAGGAAGAGUCCGAAGAUCGACCGAGGAAGAAACAGAAGACUGAACAACUGGGGUUAACAAGAACUCCCAUGAUGACACUGUCCGGUCACACUGAAGCGGUUUCUUCAGUCCUCUGGUCUGAUACUGAGGAACUAUGUAGUGCAUCGUGGGAUCACACCAUAAAGAUAUGGGAUGCUGGGACAGGAGCCCAGAAAUGUUCCCUGACGGGGAAUAAAGUGUUCAACUGCAUCUCUUAUUCUCCUCUGUGUAAAAGGCUGGCCACUGGCAGCACAGACAGGCACAUCAGACUGUGGGACCCACGCUCAAAAGAUGGAUCUCUAGUUUUGCUUUCUCUAACAUCACACAAUGGAUGGGUAACAGCAGUCCAGUGGUCACCCACGAAUGAAUAUCAGUUGAUUUCAGGUUCUUUUGACAAACUGGUCAAGCUUUGGGACACACGAAGUUGCAAGGCUCCAUUAUAUGAUAUGGAUGCACAUGAAGAUAAAGUACUUUGUGUGGACUGGACAGAGACUGGGUUGCUGUUAAGCGGUGGAGCAGAUAACAAAUUAUUCCUGUUCCGAUAUUUGACGCCCACUUCUGGAGAUGGAGCAUGAGGAAAAUAGUAAAUAAUGGAGGACCAAACCAAGCCAGCACCUGUGGAUACCAUUGUAAUACUACUUCAUUUCUCUUAAAGCAGCUUAUGACAAAUUGAAUAAGAUCUGUUUGACUGCUGUAACUGGCCUAUGUCCUGCUCAGUCUGUCCGUACAACCAACCAUGCAAGGAUAUUUGAGAAAUGCCAAUGGGACUAAAAUGUUUUGAACUAAUGUCAUUAAUCUGUACUCUGAGGAGAUAAAAAUUGGUUGUUGAGAAGAGGGUAAAAGACGACAAAAGUGUUGAGUAGAGCUGUAGUUUUUUUCAUUAAUUAAUUGAAAACACCCAUUUUGUUUUUACAUGGAACUUCUAAUUUAAUAUUACUUGCUUAAAGGUACCUGCCUGUUUACCAAACUAAGAAGGUAAUCAUUUAAUUUCCUAAGAACCUAAAUGUUCUUUGGUGUUUAGCUACAUUGGUGUAACCAGAGAGGAAAGGCUAAAUGGAACUGCUUUGGCUGAUGGAAAUGGUGAUGUACUAAUGAAGGAAGAUUACAUUGAUUACUGCUAUGAACCAUACUUAAAGUAGCUGUGUUCAUGUGGACACGCUCAGUUCCCAUUCUGACUUGAAGAAAUGAGCUUUUUUAAUGAUUUAUCUCACCAUUUCUCAUUCUAUUAUAUCUCACUAAUAAAUUAAGAGCUAUUAAUGUUAACUAAAUUAUACUUUUUUUUUCUUGAAUUUCCUAAAACUGGAAACGCCAUCCAAAGCCACUUUCUAAUUUUUUUUGAUUUUUCCGCUACAUAAUUUUCUCGAAGUCAAUGCAGAAGAUUAUAUCAAAAUAUUCUUGUCAAAAGAACCUUCUUACAAUGUUUUAUUUGGGGAGCGAGCUGUUAGAAAUUGCUCUCCAGAUCAGUAGGAUAUACAUAAAGGGAUUUAAAAGUUGAAGCAGCCAUAAUUUUUGUUUUAGUCAAGAUAAUUACUAUGAAAUGCUCAGAGCCUUGAAAUAAACAAAGAUGGUUACAAUCGUUCAAUUGAAAGAUUGAACAGUAUACUACUUUUGCUGUAAGAAAGCAAAAUCGUGGAAAGACUAAGUCAUUAUUGUACUGUCUGAUGAUAAUGUACAAUUAUUUUUUAAAAUGCAUCGAAAACAAUGUUCAGAUAAGUUUCCAUGCAUUAAAAGGCUGGGACCUAGUAUUGUCAGGAUAUGGAAUAUUUAUGCACAUCAAGUGCUUAGCACUUUGCAACUCAUGGCCAAGGGAUUUAUACGACAAUACUGAUAAUGGAUUUCUUAUUUAUAAACAAUGAAUAGACAACGAAUUCCAUCACAGUAAAAAGUUUUCAUUCAAUGUAUUUUGCCUUUGAGGAACAUAUUUCAAUACUCCAAAAGUGGAAGAUUGUAAGUGCUACAGUAUUCAUUUAGUUUGUAGAAUCAUCUAUUACUAAAACAUGACAAAGAUACAUACUUUUAGUUCUGCUCGCAGAAGGAAAAUACUGCUUUAAGAAACUGUUGCAUUGAGCCAUGUUUCAACAAAAUUACAUUGUUAUUACACACAAAUAGCAAAUCUGUUUGCAUGUGAUAGUAGCCACACCCUGGUACACCACUUUCACAGGUGGGUGUAGCUGACAUCCUCAUAUCCUGGUGAGAUAGGGACAUGCCUGUCCUAGCAUAUGAAGUCAGCUCUGGUGGACUGGAUGGAUGAGAUCUACAGUGAGAUACAAUGGUCAUGAAGGUAGCUCUACAACACUCCAUGGAAAGCAAAGGGCAUGACAAGGCACAGAAGAAAUCAUGAUCAUCCACUGCAACCAAUGAAGACCCUGGUUAUGACCAUUGUUCAUAGCGCUGAACCCAGACUUCCGAGAUUAAAUGAGUGGAACUACCCUAGUGAAAAAACUUUUCCACUUUAAAACUGACCCUCAUAGGUUUCCAGUCAUCAGAUGUGAUGGACAACCAUCACCACCAUAUACUCCAAAAGACUGUAAAUCAAAUUAUAUAUUACAUCCUGUAUAUAUUUAAUUAAAUCUAAUGUAAACUCAUUGUAAAGCACAUGAAAUCACCAGAGAAGCCAAUAAAGUUCAUAUUGUCCAUUUAGUAUUUGUACAAAUUAUAAAAUCAUUGUGCCAGAAUAUAGCACAAUUUUUGGUAGGAUAUACGUUACUGAUCACUUGGCAUCCAUUGAGUGUGUGCCCGCCUGGAAGCGCUGUGUUACUGGAGGCAACUGAGGAGAGACGGAAAUUGACAGCAUGGUAGGAGGUGUAGUGUAGGUUUCAAUCGGUUGCAGUAAAUGUCACUGGAUACAUAAACUCUUGUCAGCUUCAGGUGUCAACUCUGACAUUUCAAUGCUGGAAAAGCACUGAUCAUUUUUCAUUUACUUUUACGGGGAAUCAGUGGAAUAGUUUGUUAUCUGAGAUCAAGAAAGAGGAGAGUGUUAUUGGAAAAGGCCCAGGUGAAUAUAAGAUGGGGGUGAAAAUUAGUAGCAAAGUUAAUGAAAUAGAUGUGUUCCACACAAGUACCGAAGGAACACAGAAGUACAUAGGUGUCAAUGUAGAGGAGAAGGAUUUGGGAAAUGUUGCUAUGGUCUGUUUGGAACAAGGGCCUUUUCAUGAAGCCAAAUAAGAUGUACCUGUGGCCUAUGUAAGUGCCCAGUGCUAUACCUUUGAAAGUGACAGGAAUUAAAAAAAAGAAUUUGGUCAAAGUGAGAACAGGUUUGACCAGGCAGAGAAGAAUGUUAACAGAAAAUAAAACAGGGACCUGCAAAGUACUUCCCAUCAGAAUGGAGGUACAUAGGGACUACUUUAGCUCAAGGUUUAUCAUGAAAGCUGCCACAAAUGAAUACAGCCUUUUUUUUUAAUACCUGGGGAAUAAAGCUGUAAAACUCUAGGCCCAAAUCAAUAUAAUGAACUGACCAGCUCUAACAGCAGAUGGAUGCUCAAAUGA